GGCUGACCAUGGAUCCCAACCAGCAGGUUUGGCAUGUGCAGCUCCCCCCUGAGGAGACGGCAGGAGAGCGUCAGAAGAAGGUGUCAGUGGUGAGCCAGCCGGAGUGCUCCAUCUGCUUCAACACCUACGACAACGUCUUCAAAACGCCCAAACUGCUGGAGUGCACCCACACCUUCUGCCUCGAGUGCCUUUCCCGCCUGAUGGCAAUCUCAGUGACAGGCAAGGAUGGUAAUGGUGACAGCACACGCCUCUCUUGCCCCUUCUGCCGUCACCCCACCACGCUGACCGAGGAGGGUCCCCCAGCCCUGACCACCAGCCGCGAGGUCCUCUGCAAGCUGCCCACCCACCAGCAGCAAGAAGAGCCAGUGUGGCUGGAGGGCGAGAAGCUGUGCUACAAAAGCUCCAGGCAGGACACCGGCUCCGGUGCUCCCGACAGCCCCACGGCCUUCUGCAUCUGCAUCGACAUCGGCGCCAGCAAGCCGGUAGAUGCUCCGGCCCAAAGCCGACGCCGGGCCUCUGGCCUGCUGGGCAGACUGUCAGACUGGAAGAGGAUGGUGCUCUUCGUCGUGCUCAUGGCGCUGCUGGUCGUGGUUGUGCUGUGGCCCCUGCAGUGCGUAUUCAACACCGGCAACAUGCACUGUUUGAGGGAGGAGACCCCCGUCGGCUCCACCACCACGACCUUCAGCCCCCUCACCAGGGCUUCUAAUCCGUCCAACUAAACUCGAGGACGAACUGGACUCAUUAAAAAUGUAGAUAAUGUUGUAGAAUAUUUUAAAUAUCUGACUUGUAAAUUUCUGGCAAAUAAUUGCACUUUUGAUAAGUGCACGUAGUAAUUGCUGCACAUGGCUAUUAAUACUUCAGAUUUUUACCUUUGAACAGAACCACAUACAUUAACGAUGCUGACUCUAGUGCGCCCCCCAGUGGCGGUUUAAAAAACACACAACACACAACAGCGCUGAAUUUCUCUCCUAUUUUAUCAUGUCAUAUGCAAUCAGAUC